CCCCAGCCUUCUACUACACCUCGCAACAUAGACGCCAUGUCAUCCUCUCAAGAACCCAGCGCAAUCUUGUCGCAUCUUCAUAGCACAGAUGGUUCUGCGACAUUUUCACAGAACGGGUAUACGAUCAUAGGCGCUGUCAACGGUCCAAUCGAAGUUCAACGCCGGGACGAGCUUCCUGAAGAGGCUGCCAUCGAUGUCAUCGUACGGCCAGCGGCGGGGGUAGGAAGCACUCGCGAGCGGCAUCUAGAGUCAAUCAUCGAGCGGACUUUGCGGCAAAUCGUAUUAAUCAGCAAUUUUCCUCGGACGCUGAUUCAAGUUACUCUCCAAGUAACAAGCACACCCCCAGACGAGACGGCGACUUCCAAAUCAAUCCAGACUUCUUCGACUCUACCUAUCUUACCCGCAUUGCUCCAAACCGCGAUCCUGGCCCUCCUCUCCGCCGCCAUCCCACUUUCCACCUCUUUGACAGCAACCUUCCUCGCCAUUUCUGAAAAGGGGAAGAUUCUUCAAAACCCCAGCCUUCUCGAAACCCAAACCGCCCAGUCUAUACACGUAUUAGCUUUCACCUCAAAUGCCGAACCGCUUGUCAUCGAGAGUCAAGGCUCGUUUACGCCAGCUCAGUGGGACGAAGUCUGCAUUCAGGCAGAGAAGAUUUGCUGUGGCUCGGCAGACCCCGACGCCAUGGUUGAUGAAGGCGAGGAAGGUGGGAUGAUGCAAUUUGUUCAAACUGUUGUCGAAGGGAAGGUCGACAAAGAUAUGGCAUGGAGGACGUGAUGAGGGAUCCUGAGAACCUUCGUCUCACAUAUAUAGUUCACGGCGAGAAACCACAAGUACGGCCCUGCUCCAAGUGAAGUAAAGGGCAGGUAACGGAGCCGAAAUGUUCUUCAGGUCCAAGAAUGGGAAGCUGGAACCUGUUGUGGCUCAAAUAGCAUUAUAGCAUUCUCAGCUCGACCCUCGAGUUGUCGCGUUACGGUCGUCAAUAAGGAUGGUUUAAGACAGAGGUAGCCCGCAGGAAAGGGGCUGACGCGGCAGACAAUCAACAGGAUACACUUGACAUGUGGUCUUCAAAAGGAAGGAGCAUUAUGCUACGAGGGAAUGCCAAGAUAUAACAAACCUCCCCGAAUUGUUUUGCUCCAUCAGUGGCACCGUCGCCUCAUGCCACUCCCAAACCUCCGCGUUCAUGCAUUGCUACUACGUUGCUGUGAAUCGUACCAUUACGUCCCAUCCUCAAAAGGUAAAACAAUCCUACCGUAAGAGCCUCUUCGCGCUCCCUGCGCUCCCUGCCUCCUGCCCUCAUUCGUGGCAAGUAGCUGUCAAUUGCAGCGCCCCGCUCCCAAGCUGCGGUGCAGCCGCCACCCUAACUACCGAAACAGAGGAGGCAGCUUGCAUAUUUCCCAC